CAUAAAACGAAGAAGAAGAAGAAGAAGAAGAAGAAGAAGAAUUGUAACGCAGACGGAUGGAUUAACUGAAGCAUAUACCAUCGAUGAACAACCUCAUAGCUCACGGAGGAGUGAGUGAUUGCUGGAUGCUGCACUGAACGAUCAACGUUGAUCCAAACUCUGUCACCCUGCACUCAUAUGAUCACAUGAAAACACUCAUUCUUUGAUAUGUACUGAAUCCAAAUGGCGUCCAGAGCAUUAUAUUCGUCUAGCCAUCGGAUGCUUAAGAAAAGAGAUGAUUUUAAAGACACUCUGGAAGAGAGGCGGAGCUCCAGUGAUCUGAGAUAUGCCCUGAGAUGUUACACCCCCACACUCUAUAAAGGACUAGUGCCCUGCAAAGCAAGCAUGCUCAAAACCAUCGUUCUGCAGUCGGACCACCUGCAGUAUGUAAUCAAACAGGUUUCAUCAGAAGCAGGGGACAGCAUUGAGUCUGUAACAGAGGAAGCUUCUCUUAUUCUGGAUGAGAUGGCUCACCGCCUGCAACUCAGCACCAUCCGCUUCUUCGCCUUUACACUUAGCAAAGCCUUUAAGAGACUCUUCCGCAGUGUGUGUGUCAAUGAGGAGGGUAUCCAGAGACUCCAGCAGGCUGUACAUGAACACCCAGUGAUUCUACUGCCCAGUCACCGUAGUUACAUGGACUUCCUGAUGAUGUCAUACUUGCUCUACAUGUAUGAUCUUCCCCUGCCUGUUAUUGCAGCUGGAAUGGAUUUUAUGAGUAUGAAGUUUAUCGGUGAGAUGCUGCGGAUGUCGGGAGCGUUUUUCAUCCGCCGGUCAUUUGGAGGAGAUAAACUUUACUGGGCUGUGUUCUCUGAGUAUGUGAAGACCAUGCUGAGAAAUGGAUAUGCCCCAAUUGAGUUCUUCUUGGAAGGAACAAGAAGCAGAACAUGCAAAUCGCUCGCACCAAAGACAGGGCUGUUGAACAUUGUGAUGGAGCCUUUUUUUAAAGGAGAGCUAUUUGACGUCAACCUGGUUCCUGUCAGCAUCAGCUAUGAGAGAAUUCUAGAAGAAUCUCUGUAUGCCCGUGAGCUGCUCGGCGUCCCAAAGCCCAAAGAGUCGACCUCGGGUCUGUUGAAGGCCCGGCGGGUCUUGAGUGAGGACUAUGGCAGCAUGCAUGUGUACUUUGGUCAUCCUGUAUCAGUCCGCAGUCUGGCAGAGGGAAAAAUAAACCGAUCUCAGUACAACCUGCUGUCCAGGCACAUUCCUCAGAAACCCAGCACUGACACUCAAAGGUUUCUGACUGAUGCUGCAUUCCGUCUGGUGCGCAUACAGGAGGAGAACAUGGUUCUAAAGCCUUGGGUCCUCAUCGCCACACUGCUUCUACAGAACCCUGAUGGACUGGACCUCUGUUCUCUCACAGAACAGACAGACUGGCUCAGACACCUGGCGCUGUCGCUUGGAGCAUUUUUGGACUGGCCUGAUCAUGAGGCCUGCAGUGAAGUGAUAAACUGUAGUUUAGCUCUGCACAGACACCUGUUGAGUGUGUCUGGAGGGCAUGUGCAGUUGAACGUCACAGAAACUCCAAAGGUCGAGACCACACCAGAGGAAGCUGUGUUUCACCGAGCGGUCGUUGUGCUCUCCUGCGCCACUUACAGAAACCAGAUCCUGCAUGUGUUUCUGAGACCGGCUCUAUUAGCAGUGGCCAUGCAAAGUGCAAACUCCCGCAGAAAAGAUGACAUCUACAACUGUUUCAUCUUCCUGAGGAACAUGUUCUCCAAUGAAUUUAUUCUUUGCCCUGGGGACUCGGCUCAGGACUUUGAAGAGGCUUGUUAUUUGCUGGUGAAGCGUGGAGUGUUACAGGUGUUGGAGCAUGAGAUUGUGAUGUCAGUGAGCGGUCACAGUGCCCUUGCUUUUCUGUGUGCAGUACUGGACCCCUUUCUACAAGGAUACCAGGUUGUGUGUAGAUUUCUAUGUGAGGAGGCCAAUGAGAACCUGACGGAGAAGGAGUUUAUUCCUGCUGUGAGGACCUUUGCACUGAAACUCAUAUUAGCAGGGCGUCUGAAGUGUUAUGAAGUGUUAUCCUCAGACCUGCAAAAGAACGCUCUAGCAGCUCUACUGAAGCUCAAAUUUGUGAGGAAAGUCAAAGAAGAUCAGGUGACUUUGAAGGUAAACAAGACUGCUGUAAACACAUUGGAGGAUAUGCUGGGAGGAAAAAUUCCUACCCAGAAGCCGGUCCUUGCUCGCCUAUAAAAAAAAUAAUUCUCUGGUCUCUGGAGGGCGAAGCCAAACUAAAUGCCUUCAUUAACAAAAUGCCAAAUUUACAAGGCUUUGCUGCCUACAUAGGUUACCUGUCAUCGAGCUGCAAUGGGAUGUGACAGGCUUGCCAUCUUGAACUCCCAGAUGGGGAGCCGGGUCUCCCACCAUGCUAGAUGCUCUCUUUUUUAAUCUCUCUCCCUCUUCUUCAAAUUUGACAGCAAGUUGCCAUGUCUGUGAUCAGCCUCCAAGCUUUGUGUUUAUCAGACAGUGAAUUUACCUCAAAUUGUACUUUUAAACUGGUCUGAUGUUGCCAAGCAUAUGAAAACAUUGAAUUUUGAUUUGAUUUUUUUUUUUUUUUUUUUUUUUGUGAUUGGACAUCCUAGUUUGGUCAUUUUUGAGUGUUUUAUCUGUGUUAGCACAAACAAGUCUUUACUUUGAUCUAAAAUGCUGUUUCUGUUUGUUCCCAUUGAUUUGUGUUGGGUCUGUUUCUGGAUUUGUGUGGGGAUCUAAUUCUUGCCUUGCCUGAUUUUAAUUAUUUUCAUUUUGAACACCAUUUUUCAGUGUGUUUGCACAGUAGAUAUGGCCGUCUGUUGCAGUCGUUGGGAUCUGGGAUUUUAGGGAACAUGUUACAAAAUGUCUCUAUAUAAAAAUAAAAAAAGUGUUAAUAUAACAGAACUGCUAUUCUGAUAAACCAAUUAUUCCAUUGUUAACACUGCCAUUCAAUGUUUACAUGCCUCUCACAAACUAAACAGCUUUGGAUUUUUUUGCUAAUACAAAAUGUUAAUAAUGAAUAAAGCAACAGGAUUUAUUUUAUAAA